GUAAUUUUAAACAGGCACCAGUUCCACAGCUUUUAUCAGUCUUGUAAAUGUAAAGACGAUCACCUAACAUUUUGAUGUAUAUUUCUUGAUUUCUAUUAUCGCUCUUGAUCUCUGUCUGCUUUGUUCUAUAUUGUUAAACUGAUGAGUCUAUAAAGAAUUUUUCUAUCCGAUCUGGAAUGUCUAUAUGUACUUUUGAUGAUGAAAAAUCUAUUCCGGAUCCAGUUUAUAAGAAUAGGCCUGGAAAUCAUAUUCCCAUCGUAAUUGACAAUGGUACAUUCAAAUGCAGGGCAGGUUACGCUCAUGACGACGAGCCACACAUGGUUUUUAAAAGUGUAAUAUGUAGACAGAAAGGCAAACCCGACAUUGUUGGUAAUGAUAUACCAAAUGUGGAGUUGGUUAGAUGGCAAUUGAGAACACCUUUCGAUAGAGAUAUUGUGACCCAGUACGAUUUUGAGGAGGAAAUACUCGAUCAUAUAUUUGAACGACUCUCUAUCACGUCAUCAAGUGUUACCCACCCUAUUGUAAUGACAGAAACUAUUUGCAAUCCGAAUUACUGUCGUCAACAGAUGAAUGAACUCCUUUUCGAAUGUUAUAAUGUUCCUAGUGUAUCGUACGGUAUAGAUGCUUUGUAUAGUUUCUUUCAUGAACAGAGCAUGGUGGAAGAUGCUUUGGUUGUAUCUAUUGGAUAUAAUUGCUGUCACGUUAUUCCAAUACUGGAUGGCAAAAUGCUGCUCAAUAGCGUUAGAAGGAUAAAUGUAGGUGGAGCUCACGUGGAUUAUGUAAUGUUACGAUUACUCCAAUUAGCUCACCCACCUCUCGCAACAUCUAUGAGUUUAAGUCGCGCAGAAUAUUUAGUUAGAAAACACGCUAAAUUUGUAGAAUGCUAUAACGAAGAAAUUAUUAAGUGGAAUGAUCCGGAUUAUUAUGAAUCAGUUGUUGCCAAGUAUCAGUUGCCUUUUACUGCCCAUGCUCAAAGUGCUAUUAAUGUGGAAGAAGCUAGAAAGAAAAAGGAAGUACAAGCAGAGCGUUUGAGACAAAUGAAUGUCAAAAGGAGAAGAGCAAAACUCGAGGAAGAUGUACAAAAAUUAAAUAAACUUAUUACUAUUCAAGAACUUGACGAAGAAGACGAAGAUAUAUUUUUGAAAAGCUUACAUGACCUAGGAUUGGCAUCCAGAGCUGAAUUGGGUCAUGAAAUAAAUAAGUUGAACAAUUCCAUAAAUUCUGUAAGAUCUAAAUUAGAAGAAGUUGAAAAUGGCGUUAAGCCAGCUCCAGCUGUCUCACAAACUUCAAAAAAGAAUUUAAUACCUGAAGAUGAAGUAGAAAGUUAUGUAAAGGAUUUGAAGAAACAAAAGACAGAGCUUAUUGAAAGAAGAGAGAAGAGAAGACAGCAUCGAAUAGAGAGUGCUAAAAGAAGAACUCAUGCCUCACAGCAAAGAAUGAGAAUUCUUAGUGAACUGGCUGCAGGCCAAGGUAAGAAAGCAGAUACUUUCGGACAAAGGGAUGAUGAUUGGGACGUUUAUAAGGAAAUUAAUAAGGACACUGGUCACAGCGAUUCUGAAGAGGAGCAAACUAAGUUAGACGAGAUAGAUAAUCACCUAAGAGAAUAUGAUCCUGAUUACUCAAGGUUCGAUUAAAAUAAUUUCACAUAAAUUUCUUUAAUGUUUGUUCAAUAGAUCUAAUAGCCCAACUCAAACUGAUGUCGCUGAAUACUAUAGAAUUCAUGUUGCCACUCAGCAAAUCAGAUCAACAGAGGUUCUCUUUCAACCUGCUGCUAUCUUGGGGGUAGAUCAAUCCGGCAUUAGUGAUACUAUUUCGUAUAUAAUGCGAAAGCUGCUUGCCAAAGAACAAAUGGAAAGAGUAGCAAAGUGUAUAUAUGUUACUGGAGGAUGUGGUAGUAUACUAGGUCUUAAAGAGCGCUUAGAAGUAGAUAUUCGUCGAGAAUUACCGAGUGGAACAGAGUUCAAAGUGUAUAUUGCGAAUGAACCGUCUUUAUCUGCUUUCAAAGGUGCCUGCAAAUGGGGUCGUUCUGAAGAUUUUAAUUCUGCCAAAAUUGAUAGCAAGAUGUACGAAGAAUUUGGGCACGAUUACCUAAAAGAGCACAAAAAAUCAAAUGUGUACAAUCAUCUCCGUAAAAUAAAAACUGAAGAGGACCAAGGUCAAAAUGGUAGUUAGAAAAGUACAAGUGAUAACUUUUAAAAAUGAUUGAAAUAAGUCCGCAUAUUCAUUUUUAAAGUGAUAGUGUCGGAUUAAUAUAUAGUUUUAUACGUUGUUACGUAAAAUUAGAUUUUAGUGAUUUAGUUCUGUCGUUAAUUAUUAGAUCAUGUUGUUCAUUUUACUUUGGAUGAUAACAUAUUUUUGACUGUUUUUUUUUUGUUAUAAAUUGCCACGUAACGAGGAAUUAAGAAAAACGAGAAAAUAAAAUUGCGGAAUGUUAUUUCCUGUUUGAAAUUCAGAGAUUAUAUCUAAGAUGUACCAAAAGAGAUGACAAAACAAACAAACAGUUAAAUCAAAAAAGAUAAAAUAACAUUUCAUCACAAUUGAAAAAAUAUCAAUGUGUAUUUUUGGCUAAUCUGUCGAUAUUUGCAAGAGUAGAUAGCUAUAAUUGGAUAAUACUGACUGUCAGAUGAAUAUUGGCUAAAUCGCAUAAACUCUGAUUACGUACAAUUGAAAAAAGAAAAGUUUGUUUGAAGAACAAACGCUGUUUGAAAUCAUUUGAAGAAGUAUG